UAUCUGGUUAUGUUUUUGCUAAAGCAUCACCUACAAAUACAGCUCAUGAUACUGCUCGUAUAUUAAUGGAAGAAAUUAUCUUAAUUCAUGGUUCACCCGACACAAUUAUUACUGAUCAAGGCACGCACUUCAAGAACGAACUCUUACAAGCUAUUUCACAUUUAGUUGGUUGUAAACAGAUUUUUUCGACACCACAUCAUCCACAAACAAAUGGGCAAACGGAACGAUGGAAUUCGACAUUCGUAACACAAAUCGCCAAAUAUUGUAAUACUGAUCUUAACAAUUGGGACACAUUUUUACCAUCUAUCGUUUAUGCUUACAAUAAUGGCAUACAUAGCUCAACUGGACUUAGUCCAUAUCAACUAGCAUUCGGACGACGACCACGUCAUCCAUUUAAUCCUCAUGCAACUACCUUCGUUUUCAGCAAACCACAUGAUUAUUGGACGCAACUGAUGCAAUACAGAAAUACAGCUUUAAAACAAGCAAAACAACAUAUAAUACAUCAACAAGAACUAUCAAAAACUCGUUUUGAUAAAAAUCGAUCGCAUCCGACUUUCGCUCUAGGUGACCUUGUGUGGGCGAAAGUUUUUGUUGGAUGA